CUUGCUUCCACGCAGUGAGAGACCAAGUGAGAGACUGAUCAGGCGAUGAAGUCACUCGGCGAGCGUUCACUGCAGAAAGUCCUACGCCGGUGGGUUCCUCAGGCACUGGCGGAAGAUCCCCUCUUCCGGAUGACCAAUCAGGCAACAGUGACGUACCGCCAGUGGUUCCGGGUGCUCUUCUUCAGCUUCGAGUAGAGCUCCAAGUAAUCAAUCCAUCUCCUCGGACUGCAGCAUCCUCCACCUCCUUAUUUCCUCUUCUGCCUACUUCUCCCGGAUCUCUUGCUGAUCGGGAAGCCGCGCUUCUUUUACCGUCGACCUUUCCAACACGCAGCGCCGUACCGGUCGAUCACUACCAACAUGGAGCACAACGCAGACCGUGAUGAGAUUGUUUCUCAAUUCUGUGCCAUGACCAGGACGCAUCCCCAAGACGCACAAGGCUAUCUAGCAGCCAACGAGUGGGACCUCGAAGCGGCAGUGACCGAAUUCUUCGCCGAACAAGAUGAAGUUUCACAGGAUGCUGAAACAGGUGGUGGUCGACGACUGGGUGCCGAAUCAGAACCCUCUGCAGGGCGCUCGCUUGGUGGCAGCUCCUCUCACUCCCCCUCCACUACCCCGCAACCGUCGUCCCGCAAAUCGGGUACGAAAAAGAAGUUCGCGACCCUAGGCGAUUUUGCGUCGGGUGGAGGCGAGACUUCUGAGGAAGAUGACAACGUGAACCAGGACUUCUUUGCAGGAGGUGAGAAGUCUGGGUUGGCUGUGCAGAACCCUGAUGAUAUCAAGAAGAAGAUCAUCGAGAAGGCGAAAAGAGCCCAGCCGCCACCGUCGGAUGAUCCUGUUAGAAGAUCUUACUUCACCGGGACCGCGCGUACCCUUGGCGGUGACGAUGCUCCCAGUAGGGUAAUCGAAGCCCCCAGUGCGCCGGAUUCGCAGAGGCCGCAGCGCGUACACAGAACCCUCCACUUCUGGUCAGAUGGCUUUUCGGUCGAUGAUGGGGAGCUCUUCAACGCCGACGACCCUGUCAACCGCGAAAUCCUCGAAGGUAUCCGACAGGGUCGCGCUCCGCUCUCCAUCAUGAAUGUGCAGGCCGGCCAGGAGGUCGAUGUGGAGAUCAAACAGCAUGACGAGAAGUACGUGAAGCCUAAGCCCAAGUACAAGCCUUUUGGGGGGGCUGGGCAGCGACUGGGUAGUCCCACGCCGGGGGUGAAACCGCCCGCUGCUGCCACCGCCGCCGCCCCUACGUCCAGUCAGUCCAGCGAGCCAGCCAAGCCGGAUGUGGAUGAGUCGCAGCCGACGGUGACUCUACAGAUCCGACUCGGGGAUGGCACCCGACUCACGUCCCGGUUCAACACCUCCCACACGAUCGGCGAUGUCUACCAGUUCGUGUCUGCUGCCAGCCCGAGUAGCCAGUCACGCCAAUGGACCCUGAUGACUACGUUCCCCAGCAAGGAUCUUUCGGAUAAGAGCGCAGUGCUGGGUGAUAUGGCGGAGUUUAAGCGCGGCGGAGUGGUGGUGCAGCGAAUAGUCCUCUCCGGCAAAGGCGGCGUCGGCAAAUCCUCCGUAACUCUCCAACUGGCCCUCGCCCUCACCCUUCAAGGCAAAUCCGUCGGGAUCCUCGACAUCGAUCUCACGGGUCCCUCCAUCCCCCGACUCGUCGGUCUCGAAGAUGCCAAAAUCACCCAAGCGCCUGGCGGCUGGCUGCCCGUUCCUGUCCACUCCUCCUCCUCCCCAUCACCCUCUUCCACUGUCACCAAUGAUCAACAACAGCAGCAGCAACAGCAACAACCCCGCGGCUCCCUCCGCUGCAUGUCCCUGGGCUUCCUCCUCCGCUCGCGCUCCGACGCCGUCAUCUGGCGCGGGCCCAAGAAAACAGCCAUGAUCCGCCAAUUCCUCUCCGACGUAUUAUGGUCUGAGACCGAUUACUUGCUGAUCGAUACGCCCCCGGGCACGAGUGAUGAGCAUAUUGCGCUUGCGGAACAAUUGCUUACGUUGUGUACGUUGGAUUCGUCAUCGUCAACUACGACUGGGGGGAGUAGGUUGCCGCGGUUAGCGGGGGCGGUGUUGGUGACGACGCCUCAGGCGGUGGCGACGAGUGAUGUAAGGAAAGAGGUGAAUUUUUGUGUUAAGACGAGGAUUCCUAUGCUGGGCGUGGUGGAGAAUAUGUCGGGGUAUACGUGUCCGUGUUGUGGGGAGGUGACGAAUCUGUUUUCCAGUGGGGGUGGGCAGGUUUUGGCGGAGGAGAUGGGGGUUAGGUUUUUGGGCAAGGUGCCGGUGGAUGUUGGGUUUGGGGCGUUGGUGGAGGGGAAGAUGGUUGAUGGGGAUAGUGAGGGUGAGGAUGAGGAUGGAGGGGAGAAUGGGGAGAAGAAAGAAGAGGAGGCGGUGCCGGAUGAGAGGCCGCUGGUGGAGAGGUAUCGGGAGUGUUGGUCGUAUCAACGGUUUGAGGAGUUUGCGAAGACGUUGAUUGGGGAGAUUGAAGGGUCGUCGUAAUAUAUGAUGAUAAAGGGGAUGUUGAUUGGAUUCUUAGAGCAUCAGUCAUGGGCGGCGUCUUGAUACGAUAUCAUGAUUUACAAUGAAGAAAAGUGCGCUUGUUCAGUGAUCAUCAGUGUCAUUAUGCAUGGAAUCGAAAACGCUAC